CCACAUUGACCAGCCGACUAUUGGAAUCGCAUCACUGCUUUGCUCCUGAUGGCGUCCACGGGUGGGAUCAGUGGAUCCGGAGCGAAGGCACCCUUGAACAAAGAGGGCAUGGAGGAUCCAAGGGAGCAACAGCAAUACCCAUUGCCCACUGCGCCCAGCUCUGUCCAUCAGGAAGAAACAGAUGAAAAGACAAGCCUGCUUUGUAAACUGAGGCCUAAACAAGGAACUAGCAACCUUUCAUCAGCUAUGUUUAAUGUUAUCAAUUCUAUUAUAGGAUCUGGAAUGAUAGGGCUCCCCUAUUCAUUGAAGCAAGCUGGCUUUCCAUUAGGAAUACUACUGCUAUUAGGUGUUGGAUAUAUCACAGAUUAUUCUAUUGUUCUGUUGAUUAAAGGAGGGAACCUGUCUGGAACCAACAGCUACCAAGCACUGGUCAAUAAAUCAUAUGGUUUUGUGGGACACCUAAUUCUCUCAGCUCUCCAAUUUUUAUAUCCCUUUAUUGCUAUGAUCAGCUACAACAUUAUAACAGGAGAUACUUUGACAAAAGUUUUCCAAAGGAUUCUUGGAGAGAAUCCCUUCUUUGGUCGCCAUGCCAUCAUUCUCUGUGUUACCAUCAUCUUCACGCUUCCUCUUUCUCUGUAUCGAAAUAUAUCAAAACUGGCAAAGGUAUCAUUUAUAUCCCUGAUUUUAACAGUCAUCAUUCUGGUGGUUGGGAUUAUAAGGGCAAUUACAUUCAGUGGAUACGUAUCUCCAACAGAAAAUCCCUGGGUGUUUGCAAAACCAAACGCUGUACAAGCCAUUGGGGUGAUGUCAUUUGCAUUCAUUUGCCAUCACAACAGUUUUUUAAUAUAUGGCUCCUUGAAAGAACCCACGCUUAGCAACUGGACUCGUGUCACGCAUGUGUCGGUUUCAUUUGCUGUCUUUGUCAGCUUGGUGUUUGCUACAUGUGGAUAUUUGACAUUUAAAGAAUUUACAGAAGGAGACAUAUUUGAAAAUUACUGCAGGGAUGAUGACCUUGCUACAUUUGGAAGGUUUUGUUAUGGAAUCACCGUCAUCCUGACUUUUCCAUUAGAAUGUUUUGUUACCCGAGAGGUCAUUGCAAAUGUACUUUUCAGUGGGGACCUCACAACGUUUUACCACAUUGCUGUGACCAUAGUUGUUGUUGCUGUAGCUACAAGCAUCUCUUUGGUGUAUGAUUGCUUGGGAAUAGUAUUGGAGCUAAAUGGGGUGCUCAGUGCUACACCACUGGUGUUCAUUCUGCCUGCAGCCUGUUACCUGAAGCUGUCUGAAGAGCGAUGGAUUCAUUCUGAUCACCUCCUCUCUGGCCUGAUCCUCACUAUUGGUGUGGUGGUGAUGAUGGUUGGCUUUGUGAUGACUAUCCUGUAUCCCCAGGAAUGUAGCCAUGGGAAAGAAAUGCCGUACUGUUUUAUUGGAAACUUCUCCCUCUAUAAUAAUACAGUUCCAUCCUCUCAGCAAACUCACCAACCGUGAACAGGAAAUACCUCACAAAGGACCAGGAUGACACUGAUUGGAAACAAGGAUUUCUCUUUUUGUCA